UUUCCCUAGGAAAGGUGCUUGUACACGAAGUGGGCAGCUGUUUGGGACACGGGUCAAGUCGGAAGUUACUGAAAAACGUCACUGUGGUUCAACAACCUGUAACUGGUUUAACAGUGAGAAUAAAGGAAGCCAGACAUGUCUUAUUUGGAGGGAAAACUAUGACAUGUAAAGUGAAUAGUAUAUCAGUGGCAUUUGAUUCUGUGCGAGAAAGCAGCACAUUUACUAAUGGAGACUACAUCUCUGGACGAGUAACUUUAGAGGUGGCAAAGGAAAUUCACAUCCAGAGUCUGUAUGUCAAAGCCAAAGGAGAGGCAUCUGUGCUGUGGUCUGAAAAUCACGGCAGAUACAACGUAGUCGUUUACCAUGAUAAAGUAUUGUGCUUUAAGUCAACUCUGCACUUCAUUCAAGAACAGACAAAAGGUCAAGAUGGAUACUCACUGUUAACGAAUGAAUGUGGGCAGUGUUACUCAAGAAUUGUUGAACCUGGAACCCAUGUUUACCCAUUCACCUUUCAGAUUCCCCAUCAAGACAUGCCUGCAUCCUUCAAAGGCUACCAUGGAAAGGUGGUUUACUUUUUAGAAGCCAAAUUGUGCAGGUCAAUGACAUUACCAAAAAAAGACAAAGUACAUUUCAACUAUGUUCCUCGGGGAGAUAUGUCUGUACCAGACUUGAUGAUGUCUCAACAUGGGUAUAAAGAGAAGAAGAUGAAAUUACUCACAUCUGGGAGUGUGACCAUGGAUGUUCAUAUAGAGAAGAUGGGUUUCCACUUAGGUGAGCAAAUGACAGUGAAGAUAGAUGUUGUAAACAAUUCCUCUCGUACAGUCAAACCUAAGUUAGUCUUGUACCAGAAGCAGAGCUUCUUCGCCUCAAAGAAAAAAACUGUGAGAACCAAAGAGCUCCUGAAAGAGAAAGGAGAUCCCAUUAAGCCAUCGACCAAGGAGACUGUGACCAAGGUGUUGAACAUUCCAACAGAUAUCAGUGUUUCCAUCCUAAACUGCAGGGUUCUCAAAGUGGAGUACAGACUGAAGGUUAAUCUGGAUAUAAAAUUCGCUUAUAAUCCAGAAAUUAAACUGCCUGUGGUGGUUCUUCCUGUCUGUGUGACCCAGGAAGACAAAGAUUUAAUGAAUAUAGAUAUGGGCAAUGGCUUCGAAUCAUGGACCAGCAAACAAGCAGACUUGAUUAACUGAUCUAUAAGCUCCUGCUGAAUACAGUGACAAAAUGAGCAGUUUAUAAAUACUCACUAUUUAAAUGACACUAUGCACAAAGAGCUGAAUAGUUGAUUAUAUGAUAUGGAAUGCUAUAUGACAACAGUGAAAAGGAUAAAUUCCAAGAAUUGAAGUGCCCUUCCUUUAAUAAUUGCUCAUAAUUGAAUAGGAUUCUCAUUUUGUUUGGGGAUGGUUGGUAUGUUUUUUGUUUUUUUCUUUCUUUUUUUUAUCUUUUUUUAUUUAUUUAAAUAUGUGAUCAGUGUCUUAAAAUGGUUGGUAACUAAUAUUAUUUUCUUAGGAUACUUCAUUUCUGAUAUCACUUUACAUUGAGUUUGUGAUUAAUGGAAUAUAUAUAUAUAUAUAUAUUUUAAUUUUAAAGUUGAUUGGUAAUUCUAAAUUGUCCAUAAGAGUGAGUGUGAGUGUGUGUGGUUGUCUGUCUAUAUGUGGCCCUGUGAUGGACUGGUGACCUGUCCAGGGUGUACCCCUGCCUUUCGCCCAAUGUGCGCUGGGAUAGGCUCCAGCAGAUCCCCGUGACCCUAAUUAGGAAUGAAGCGGGUAUAGUAAAUGGAUGGAUGGAUGUAUACAUUUUAUGGUCUAAUCAUUGAGAUGAGUACUCGGGUAACUCCAUCUGCUCUCUCUCUCUCUCUCUCUCUCUCAUUAGAUAUUGUAUCCCAACACAUUGCUUCUCAUUUCUGACACUUACACUGCCUGCUUUUAAUUACUAUUUUAAAGUAAUUAUUUAAGUAAUUGAUAUUUAGGGGAGAAUACACUUACCUCAGUGCUUAUGAGCCUCUUUUGUCUUACAAAAGCUGUGUUUUUAGAGGCGUUCGCUCUCACAUUAUUAUUAUUAUUAUUAUUAUUAUUAUUAUUUAGAUUAAAUAUAAAAAAUAGCCUAUUUGUAAGGUUCUUUAUUUAAAGGGGGAGAAAAGUACAUGUACUUUAUAAGAUAGAAUAGCCUUUUCUGAGAUUUAUUAUUAUUAUUUUUUUGUAUUACAUUCUAAUACAUUCUCGUUAAUAUUUUUCUUGGUAUAAUAAGGUGCUACACCCUUGAUUGAUACUCCAGAUCAAUCAGAUCGAUUGAGAUGUUUACAUCAAAGCUGUUAAAUCCGACUGAGAUUGUCAUGGGAUCAUUUGGCUGCAUGUAAAUAUAUACCUAAUGACUAAGGUACAUAAACAAGAUUUUUCAAGAAUGUGAACUUGUGUCAUUAUUACUUCCAAUUAAAGGGCACAUGAAAUAAAAGCUUU